AUGGCGCCAUCGAUCCGACCAUCCGAUUUGAAGAAUAAGCACAAGCGAGAAGAUCUUUACCAGAAACAGAAAUUGGAGAAGCAGAAAGCAAAAUCAUUGAGAAGAAAACAACUUGCAAAAGAAGAAGGAAAAAACCCAGAACUUAAAGAGAAACGUCUUCAAGAAAAUGUUCCAAAAACCCUUGAGAAUACCCGAGAGAACGAUGAGACGAUGGUAGAAAACGAUGAGGAAGUAGCUCAGGAUGAAGCCAUGGAUGAGUUGGCAAGUUAUUUUACUGGAAAAGAAUCCAAGGUUCUUGUUACAUCAAGCAAGUCUCCUUCUCCCGCAUGUUAUGAUUUUUGUGCAGAGUUGGUUUCAAUCUUUCCCAAUGCCAAGUUUGGAAAACGUGGACCCAAGCACGAAUUACGGCAGGUUAUUGACGUCGCAAAAGAAAAGGAGUUUACAGAUCUUUUGAUUGUGAAUGAAGACAGAAAAAUACCAAAUGCCGUUACAUUAAUUCAUCUUCCCGAUGGUCCUACUGCAUACUUCAAGUUGACAAGCUUUGUGCCUGCCAAGAAGCUUCCUAACCAUGGUCGAGUUACUGCCCACAACCCAGAAAUUAUCCUCAAUAACUUCAACACUCGACUUGGCCACACUGUUGGCCGUAUGUUCCAAGCAUUGUUCCCACACGUUCCUGAAUUCCAAGGCAGACAAGUCGUUACUUUCCACAACCAGCGUGAUUUCAUUUUUGUUCGCCGUCAUCGCUAUGUGUUUAGAAAUGAAGAAAAGGUUGGCCUGCAGGAACUUGGUCCUAAAUUUACUCUGAAACUUCGAUGGUUGCAAAAGGGUGCUUAUAAGCGCGACGGCGAAUAUGAAUGGAUGUUCAAGCCAGAGCUUGAGACCAGCCGUAAACGUUUCUUCCUUUAA